UGACUGUCUGGGGGUGGGGGGUGAGAGGUCAGAGCGUUGCUGGGAUGAUGGCGGCCGGGACUGGAAAGCACAAAUUGCUGAGCACUGGCCCCACUGAACCAUGGUCAAUUCGAGAAAAGCUGUGCCUGGCAUCAUCAGUGAUGCGGAGUGGGGAUCAGAACUGGGUAUCAGUUAGCAGAGCAAUUAAACCUUUUGCAGAACCAGGACGGCCACCAGACUGGUUUUCACAAAAGCAUUGUGCAUCACAGUAUUCAGAACUUUUGGAAACAACAGAAACACCCAAACGGAAGCGUGGUGAGAAGGGAGAAGUUGUGGAAACUGUGGAGGAUGUAAUUGUUCGCAAGCUCACUGCUGAACGAAUUGAUGAGCUGAAGAAACUUAUUAAAGAGACUCAGGAGAAAUACAGGAAAGUGAAGAGAGAAGCAGAGCUGAUCCAGGCUGGCCAUGCAGAUGGUAAACUUCAGGAAAUUUGGACUGAUAUUGCUGCAAAGAAGAAACUUGAGGAGGAGGAGGCUGAAAUGAAAAGGCGUGCAACAGAGGGUGCUUAUCAGGCCCGUCAAGCAGCAAAAAAUACCCCAAAGAGACCGACUAAUCUGACCACCCGGUCUCCAAUGGAAUCGAGUUCUCCUGGAGUAGACUAUUCUGUGCCAGAUGCACAUCAGCCCAGUGAGGACAGCCAUACUGGUUUGGUGUCGAUGAACAUUGGAAGUGCUCCGACUAUUCCAGUAAUCUCAGCCCCUGAGACUCCUGGGCCUGCUGUAACCUCCACUAAUCUUGAAACUCCUCUGACUCCUGUUUUGGAGGAUUCGCCCCAGAAAAGGUUAUUGGGGCAGAAGGCCACGCCUCCACCCUCUCCACUGCUAUCUGAGCUCCUGAAAAAAGGGAGUCUCCUGCCUACCAGUCCUAGGCUUGUCAGUGAUGUUGAUCCCCAGGUGAAUUCAACACAUGUUACUAGCCCCAAUGUGCAUGUUGAAAUGGGAACAAGUGUGUCCACCCUGCAUGUUCCAGAGCUGCAACCAGCUUGUACCAGUGUAACAUUAUCUCCCACACCAACAGGAGCCCCUACUCUGUCAAGGCUUUUGGAGGUCGGCCUCUCGCAGUUCACGUCACCUUUCGUUCCCUUCUCUACCAUCAGCCGUGAGGCGCCACCUCCAGUUAAACCCAUGCAAAUUCUAGCUGACCAGGUGUAUUCAGCCACCAACGCAACCAUGACGCAGAAGAGCAGCAGGACAGUUGAGGAAACCACCAUAUGUGUUCAGGUAGAGAGCUGUGUGGAGCAGCCAGCUCUCUCGGUAUCCGGAGAACUGUCUGGCUUCUCGGUGUUAAUUGACUCUGGUGAAAGUAGGUGUCUACCAUCCGGCACUCUGCAGAUCGCAAGACAAAGAGAGAGCAUUGCGGAUCAGCACCGGUCAAAGCAAGUUGAAGGCAAUACAACAGUAUCUAAUUAUACAGAUGUACUUAAUUUGGGAAAUCCUGCAGACAUUCUAGCAAUUAUUGAAGAAAAGGUGGAGGAACCACAGCUGAUUGAUGUUCCUACUGAUGUUGGAGAGCAGCUAGCAGCGACAGAGGAAAAUUCUGCCUCCCUGUUUCAGACGGAGCCGAUGAUAAAGGAGGAAACUGAAGAAAUCGAUCAACAGGCUCACAAAUCAGACUGUCGACCCAGUGAUGAGAGACAGAUAUUGGCUGGAUUGGACUCUACAGACAAUUUAGUUAUCAAGAUUAAACAGGAAUUGCCAGAUGAAGGAGAGGAAGAGCAAGAACAGGAAGAAGAGUCAAUUUUAGGACAUGUGCAACAGAUGGCAAGUGCAGGAAAAAUGGCAAAUUUUCUAGGCCUGAAAUCCGAGGCACUGGGACUGGAACACGUUUUGCCGAGGGGCACCAUGCGAAGUAAAAGUACAUCUGAGGAAACUACACAUCCCCUGCCACGGGGCACUGCACGAAGCAAAAGUACCUCUGAGGAAACUGGUCAGAUGUCUCCGAGGAGCUUCACACAGUGCAAAAGUACUUCUAUUGAAGUGGGACCAUCUGAAAUUGUAGACGCCACAAAGGAAGAGACCCGAUUAGUUUUAAAGGGUCAGAUCAAGCUGCAGGAGAUGCUUAUUCCCAAAGAGGAAGAUGGAGCUAGUGAAGCUGCCAGUGUGGAUGAGACCAGGGAGGAGGAACCAAAUGAGAUUUAUAUGUCAGAAACUGAUAACGAACCACCUGUCAGUGAAAGUGACGAUGGAUUCAGUAUUCACAAUUCUCAUUUACAAUCAUCUGUCCUUGCUGAUUCAAUCCCCAGCAGCCCUGCUUCCUCUCAGUUUUCAGUUUGUAGUGAAGACCAGGAAGCCAUACAAGCUCAAAAAAUUUGGAAAAAGGCUAUUAUGCUCGUGUGGAGAGCAGCUGCUAAUCACAGAUACGCUAAUGUAUUCCUUCAACCAGUAACAGAUGAUAUCGCCCCAGGAUAUCAUAGUAUUGUACACAGACCAAUGGAUUUGUCUACAAUAAAGAAAAAUAUAGAGACUGGUUUAAUUCGCACAACAGCAGAGUUUCAGCGGGACAUAAUGCUGAUGUUCCAAAAUGCAGUGAUGUAUAAUAGCUCUGAUCAUGAUGUGUAUCACAUGGCAUUAGAAAUGCAACGAGAUGUCUUGGAACAAAUUCAGCAAUUCUUAGCCACUCAAUUGAUAAUGCAAACCUCAGAGUCUGGAAUCAGUGCUAAGAGUCUACGGGGGCGUGAAUCGACAAGAAAGCAGGAUGCUGCAGAGAAGGACAGUGUCCCAAUGGGCUCUCCUGCCUUUCUUCUCUCUCUCUUUCCAGCAACAGCAAGUGCUGUGAGGUCAUCUGAUGACAAAGUACUGUUAACGAUCUCAGCAAAGCAGUUAAUUGCUGCUGCCAGGAUGGUGGUACAAGAGGACGUCGCUGUGCGAUUGAAGCAGAUAUGAAAAUGAAGAAGUGACUAUCUCCAGUAGGACCUGAUGAUGUGAAAUGUACAGCACUCUAUAAAGAUCGAUGAAAUUGUACUGUCUUCAUCUGUAUUAAUGGGAAUUAAUUGUAUUGUACAGCCUUGUUUCUAAUGUACAGUUUUUGUUCUGAGAACAAUAUAUGUGCUGAAUAAAAUUAUAUAGACAAACUAAAA